AUUCCUUCCUGUGCCGGCUAGGGAGACACAUACCGCCUGCCUGCUGCCUGUCUGCCUGAGCUCCAGGCUCUGCUGUGCCCUCCGCUCCCACCCCCCACAUGCAGCUCUCCAUCAGGGCCAACGCUGACAUCCUCUCUACCCUGACUGCCUCCACAGCUCCACAGCUCUGCAGUGCAGACGCUCGCUCGCUCUCUCUGAGUGAGUUUUUUUCCUCUCCUCUGCCUGGUGUAGCUCUCAGGCUGGGGUAUUCAGCGGAUAAUCAGUGUGUCGACGAGUGAGAGAGAGGAACUGAAGCAAAGAGAGAGAGAGAAAGCCUGGAUCAGGUGCAGCAGCCUUCCCUAAAAUCUAUCUCUUUCUGUUACUCUCUUUCAGUCUGUCUUCUGCCUGGCACAUACAGAAGGGUAGACAUCAUCCAGGAAUCAGCCUUCCUUCACUCUCUUUCUCCUUCUCUGGGAGGAGAGAAGAGGAGGGAGACCGCAGGACUUUGCAGACUGACAAGUCGUGCUUUUUUUUUGCUCGCUCUUCGUCCCACCUCGCCCUACCCCUCCCCUCUAUCCCACCCGCACCCCUGCUUGCUCCAGCCAACACACACCCACACACACACACACCCAGAGUGUGUUUCCAGGGGCAGACAGACAGAUAAACAGACGGACGGACAGAUUGCCAGACGGACGCAGUAAGAUAUGGAGUCCAAAGGAAGCGGCAGGUUCUCUAUGUCCAGGUGUUUGCGCUCAGGAGACACCGUCCACGCCUGUGUUGUCGUCACACUUCUGCUCGGGGUAUGGUGUGCUUCAGCGCUGGAGGUUUCAGUGGGGAAGGUGCCCUUCAUGGAGGCAAUGAACGGCAGCACGGUGCUGUUACCCUGCACCUACUCCAGCUGCAUUGGCAUCAAGAACCUCUACUUCAACUGGCACUACAACGACAACGGCACCAUGAUGAAGCUGUGUGAGGCAGUGAUCCCUAUAGAAGGUAUGGAACCACGGGUGCAGGUGUACCACGAGCGGAUAGAGUUUGUGGGCAGCAGUAAGCACAACAACAUCUCCAUCCUGCUGUUCAACGUGACCUUCGAGGAUGAGGGAGAGUACACCUGUUUCGCGCGGAACCCCAAGGAGAAGAAUCGCAACCAUAGCGCCAUCUUCACCCUGUUUGUGGUGGAUGAGUUGAAAGUGGUUGACAAUACCGUAACCACCAUCAUCGUGUCUGUCGUGGGCGGAGUCAUUGGCUUGAUCAUCGUUGUCAUGGUGACAAAGACUCUGGUGCUCCUCAUCCUAAAAAAGUCUGCAGAGAAGAAUAAAGAGUGCCUUGUGAGCUCAGGACAGGACAACACAGAAAAUGGACUCAACACAACCAAAGCGGAGAACAAAGCCACACCAAAGGCUUGAAACAUGUGUACCUAUGUAUAUGUACAUAUAUGUCUGCACAUGUAUAUAAAUUGAAGUCGGAAUACACCUCAGCCAAAUACAUUUAAACUCAGUUUUUCACAAUUCCUGACAUUUAAUACUAGUAAAAAUUCCCUGUCU